AUGGCGAAGGCUUCGGAGACCCGUUCCAUUCUCGACAAGCAGCGUCUGGAAGAAGAACUUCUCACCGUCAAAGGUGAUGCUGCGAAAAAGCUCGAGAUGGCAGAAUCGGAAGGUUCAAAAGCCCAGUCCGCUCUUCACGACAUCAAAUCUCAUAACCAGCUUUUGACAAGGCUUGAACACAUGAUAAAGACCAAAACAGCUGAACAAGUAAAGGCAGUAAAGCUCGCCUUCAACAUAAGCAACGACUGUCCAGAUGACAGUGAUGUAUUAACUCUAGUCUUACCAUUGCUGAAGGAGCUCUCAGCCAAGUACUAA